AUCCCCUUCCGCUCUUCCGCUCUUCCGCUCUUCCGCUCUACGAUCUUUCGAAAGCCAGGUCUUAACAAUUUCUCUCCGGCUAACUUAGUUUUCCUUUGCAGACUUUUUGUAAUCGCUUCCCUAACUCUGAAGUUCAGUUCUUAGCAGGCUAGCAGGAAGAAAUGGGAGAAACAAGGGACAACGAAUACGAGGAAGAGCUCCUCGACUACGAAGAAGAGGAAGAGAAGGCCCCCGAUUCCGUUGGAGCUAAAGUCAACGGUGAAGCUGGAAAGAAGGGUUAUGUUGGAAUUCAUAGUUCGGGAUUCAGAGACUUCCUAUUGAAGCCAGAGCUUCUCCGUGCUAUUGUUGACUCUGGAUUUGAGCACCCAUCUGAAGUUCAACAUGAAUGUAUUCCCCAAGCUAUCCUCGGCAUGGAUGUUAUUUGUCAAGCUAAAUCUGGUAUGGGUAAAACUGCUGUUUUUGUUCUGUCAACACUGCAGCAGAUUGACCCUGUUGCUGGUCAAGUUUCUGCCCUAGUUCUGUGCCAUACUAGGGAGCUUGCAUACCAGAUCUGUCAUGAGUUCGAAAGGUUCAGCACUUAUCUUCCGGAUCUGAAGGUUGCUGUCUUCUAUGGUGGAGUGAAUAUUAAAAUUCACAAAGAUCUUCUGAAAAAUGAAUGUCCUCAUAUUGUUGUUGGAACACCCGGAAGGAUACUGGCAUUGUCAAGAGAUAAAGACCUAUCCCUGAAGAACGUCCGGCAUUUUAUCUUGGAUGAGUGUGAUAAGAUGCUUGAGUCACUUGAUAUGCGGAGGGAUGUACAGGAGAUUUUCAAGAUGACUCCUCACGACAAACAAGUUAUGAUGUUUUCUGCAACACUCAGCAAAGAAAUCCGCCCAGUUUGCAAGAAGUUUAUGCAAGAUCCAAUGGAAAUAUAUGUAGACGACGAGGCAAAACUGACAUUGCAUGGUCUUGUCCAGCACUACAUCAAAUUGAGCGAGAUGGAGAAGAAUCGAAAGUUGAAUGACCUCCUUGAUGCAUUGGACUUCAAUCAAGUGGUUAUUUUUGUUAAAAGUGUUAAUAGGGCAGCUGAGCUGGAUAAGUUGUUGGUGGAGUGUAAUUUUCCCUCGAUAUGCAUCCACUCUGGCAUGUCUCAGGAAGAGAGGUUGACUCGAUACAAGGGUUUUAAGGAAGGACAUAAGCGGAUUCUUGUGGCUACAGAUUUGGUUGGUCGUGGAAUUGACAUUGAACGUGUGAACAUUGUUAUCAAUUAUGAUAUGCCAGAUUCUGCUGAUACUUAUCUGCACAGGGUUGGCAGAGCUGGUAGAUUUGGCACCAAAGGGCUUGCUAUUACUUUCGUAUCAUCUGCAGCUGAUUCUGAUGUCCUCAAUAAUGUUCAAGAAAGGUUUGAAGUCGAUAUUAAGGAGCUUCCAGAGCAGAUUGAUACAUCCACAUACAUGCCAUCAUAGAUGUAGAGAUCUUCAGCAUAGAAUAUCAGCUACCCAAGUUGGUGAGGGUGGUUCACAUGUCAUUGUGGUUUGAUUUUGAUUCGAACUAAAAAUGGAUGAAAGCCACUGCGCACUAGCUUUGAUGUGAGUGAGGGCAAAUGGUGUAUGCUCUAAAUGUGGUGGUGUACGCUGCCAUUUGAGUUUAUUGUAUUCUAAUUGCUGGGGCUGUCUUGCAUGGGAAGUCUUUUUAUUAUGCACAUUUUAUUCUGAAUCACGAAUGAUAGAAAUGAUGUAAUACUUUAGAUAUCCCUUCUCUGCAAGACUAACAAUUACGGUAGACUGUUGGGUAGUAUUUGCAGUGAUUUUUAUUAGAUUCGUUAUGUGAACUCAUUUCACUUAGUUCCAUAGCCUACCUGUGUUCUCUUGUCUCACUGCCCUAUUGCAGAUGUUUUGAUGUGGAUUUUUCUGAAGCGUUAUAUUAUGCGGAAAUAAAAAAAAGAUCAAGUUUUGGGAA